AUGUCGAUUCGAAGGUCCUCUUGUGAUGAGGCGAACAACGACUCUAUCCGCACCGCGGCCCAGGUGCCGGUGGAAACAGACGAGGACUAUGGAACAGCGCUCCCCGAGGUAACGGAUGCCCUCCAAGGCAUUUGGUACAUGAAGGAUGGCGGAUAUCGAGUAGGCGAGCUUUGCGGCCAGCAUGUCAUCUGGGACGUCUCCUGGAACGUGAACCCGCCCCUCUCGCGCGUUGUUCCGCUGACAUCUAGCACCGUUAGCCUGCAAUUGGGCAACGUCACGCACUUCGGCAGUUUACAGCUGGAGGCCCAGCCCACGAUCUACUGGGACAACCAACACAUCUGGCUGAAGAAGUGA